AGGCUGUCCAGGCUCCACCCUUCACCCCCUCCCCGGAAACAUUGCAAAGGGGCAAAGCUUUACACCUAGUUGGGUAAAGAAGAGAAAGGCACUGCCCAGUGCUUGAGUCAGCCUAAGUAGAGGAGGAAGUUCAGAGGAAAGCUGCAGAAGCUGCUCACACAGGACCUGCUGAUCAGAUAUGGGCCAAGCUGCAACACAGCCAAGCACCAACUGGCACCUGAAAGAUAAUGCAAGAGAUCACCACACCAGCAAGUUCUCCAGCGAGGAGCUGGUGGUGAGGAGGGGCCAGGCCUUCACUCUCACUUUCAACGGGGCACAGCAGCCCGAGCAGAACAUAACCUUCAUUGCAGAGACAGGUCCCAAACCCUCAAAGCUGGCUAAGACCCAGGCCACGUUUGGUAUCUCCAGCACAGCAAGCAAGGAAGGCUGGAGUGCAGUGCUGCAGUCUGCCAGCUCCAGCUCCUUCAGCGUCUCCAUCUCCAGCCCGCCCAACGCUGCCGUCGGACGUUACAGGCUGAGUGUCCAAAGCCCUGCAAGUGGCAGCUCCUCUCCAGCAAGCCUUGGCACUUUUGUUUUACUCUUUAACCCUUGGUCUUCAGGCGAUGAUGUCUUCAUGCCUGGCAAGGCUGAGUGUGAGGAGUAUGUGCUAGAAGAGUUUGGCAUCAUUUUUGCAGGCAAUAAAAAUCGCAUCAGCAGCUUUGGAUGGAACUUUGGCCAGUUUCAAGGAGAUAUUCUCAAUAUUUGCCUUUCCAUGCUGGACCGAAGCCUAAAUCACCGCCAGGACCCUGCCACGGAUGUGUCUCACCGCAACGACCCCAAGUACCUGGGCCGAGUGCUCAGCGCCAUGGUCAAUGCCAACGAUGACCAAGGGGUGCUGCUAGGAAACUGGAGUGGAAAAUAUGAGGGUGGGAAAGACCCAAGCAGCUGGACUGGAAGUGUUGAAAUCCUGCAAGGCUGGAAGAAGUCAGGGUUCAGACCUGUUAGAUAUGGCCAGUGCUGGGUCUUCGCAGCAGUGCUGACUACAGUGCUGAGGUGUCUGGGGAUCCCCACUCGGAUGGUGACAAACUUCAGCUCUGCCCACGAUGCCGACGGCAACCUGCGCGUGGAUGAGUUCUACGAUGCAGAGGGGAACCACUUGGAGAGGGGAACCGACAGCGUGUGGAAUUUCCACGUCUGGAACGAGAGCUGGUUCAGCCGCGGCGACCUGGGCCCCUCCUACAGCGGAUGGCAGGUGCUGGACGCGACUCCCCAAGAGGAGAGUGGAGGAAUCUAUCAGUGUGGCCCUGCCUCGCGGGUCGCCGUCAAGGAGGGAGAGGUGGACCUGGACUACGACUGCCCCUUCGUCUUCGCAGAAGUGAACGCAGACUGCAUGUACUGGAGCUACGAGCCCGCGACCGGGAAGAAAACCCUCAUCUUCUCCAAGGCCACGGAGAUUGGGCAGCUCAUCAGCACAAAGGCCGUGGGCAGGGACGAUCGGGUAGAUGUCACCAAAGACUAUAAAUAUGAGGAAGGAUCCACAAAGGAGAGAGACACCUUUAAGAAGGCCCGCAAGAAGCUGGGGCUCGAGGAUAAAUUCGAUCCCACAGCACCAACACCAGAGGAGGCUGACCAGAAGCCUGACAUCUCAGGGAAGUUCAAGGUGCCAGGUCCCUUGCAAGUUGGCCAAGAUCUCAGCCUGGUUCUGGUUCUUACAAACCUACAGUCUGAGGCCAAGACUGUUCAUGCCAAGAUGACUGCCUGGAGCACUCUCUACACCAGGAGGCCAGUUGCUGAGAUCUGGAAGGACUCCAUAGCUGUCACCCUGUCUCCUAAGGAAGAGAAACAGUUCCCUAUCAAGAUACCAUACAGUGACUACCAGCAGCAGUUAACCGCAGACAACAUGAUCCAGGUGACAGCUUUGUGCCACGUAGAAGGUGGGAUCCAAGUGCUAGUGCAAAGAGACAUCACCUUGGACAGCCCUGCCAUCGACAUCCAGGUCCUUGGUGAAGCAAAAGUGAACAAAGAAGUGGAUGUGGAAGUGACAUUUGCCAACCCUAUUGCUGUGGAGGUGACGGACUGUGUGCUGCAGGUUCAAGGCAACGACCUGCUCAGAGGAGUCCUUGAGAUAGACUUACCCCCACUGAAAGCCAGUGAGAAAUCCAGCACCAAGUUCAAACUCACCCCUUCUGAAACGGGUCCCAAGCAUCUACUUGUGAGUUUCUCAUGUGACAAAUUUGCACAUAUCAAGGCCUUCAAGAUGGUGAAGGUGACUGACUGAGGAGAGGUUCCACAUGGAAUGUGUGUGCAAAAAUGUCUGGAGAGAUCCUGGAUAAGAAACCAGUGCUACAAUGGGAGCAGAGCUCUCCCCUGCCCUGGGGAGAGGUUACCAGCACUGAGCCAUUAGAAUCUCAGGUUGGAGUUUUAACCAAAGCAGAACAGCUCAGUCCUCAUUCACUGCUGAGGGUUUCCACAGUAUUAAAAAGAGCUUCUGUCCAGAGACUGUUUGACUCUUGUCUGGUUUUCCUGGGAAAUCAUUCUUCCUGGCUCUGCACACAUGCCCACAAACUCCUUUUCACACAUCCAAAGCCUCACACAGUGGAUUUUCAGAGCAGUGUUUCUCCUUACGCAACCCUACCAAGUCCACAGCCAGGAUGAGCUGCAGGACUUGUACCAUUAAGCUUUGCCUUUCCCACCUGCAAAGCCUGUCCUGAGGUGUUUCCUUUUUCUGGGGGCAAAUCAGUGACCAAAAGAGGCACAGGGAAUGUUCAGAAGGAAUGUGGUGGUGUCUGGUCCCAGAGCCAUGUGACAGCCACGAUGAGCUAAUUGCCCAGCUCCACACAGGUGAUAUUUCUGCGUUCUGCAUUUGCUGGAAGUCUUUGGCAUUCCAAGGGAGGGAGAUGCUAAGUCUGGAGGUGUUUUAGCUUGGGAAGAGCUAGGAAUGCUUCACUACAGGUUGUGUGUGAGGAGAUCACCUCCCAGAGUUCAAGUUCAGUAAAACUCACCCAAACUCUUUACGGCAGAACAGGAACAGGCCAGGAGCUGGGGUCAGGAGCAACUGAACCAGGGGGAGCCCAGAGAGUGGCCAAGAAUUGUUCAGCAGCAAGUCAGUCUCUGACUGAAAACCACCUGUGCAGGUGAAGCUGAUGGAAAGCCAAGCUGCUGCCUGUUGAACCUGGGGCUGCUGGGCCAAGAAGCCACCAGAACCUUAACAGAUGCCCAGAGCCAGCCCUGUGCCACAGGGUACCGCCACAUGGUACCUGGGACC